AUCCCCUACUUUGGCCCCCAGUUCCAUCUCUCUCUCUCUCCUCCUCUCUGUGUCUCUUUCUCUCUCUCCCUUCAAUUCCUCUCCUUCUCUCCACUUUCUCCCCCACUUUUCUUCAUUUUUCAAGCAAAAACAAAAUAGGUGACUGCAAACCAUACCCCUCCUUUGUCUCACUCACCUCUCUCUUCAACCCCUUCCUCUCUCUCACUAGAGGAGAGAAGAGAAACUUGAUUUCAUUUUCUCAUUCUCAUAGCCGCUAAAAAAACUAGCAGACCAUUGUUUCUCUCUUUCGAAAACGAGUAACACAAACAAAACAAAAAAGAAAACAACGCAAACACACAAAUUAUCUUCUUCUUCUUUUUUUUAAUGCAUAACCAACAUUUGAAUCAAGAACACAGAAGGAAAAUGGUAUCGGGUGCGGGGAGUGGAUCGAGGGUCAACGGUGGUGGUCGCAGUGGGUUGGAGGAGGGGGCGGCGAAGAAGGGGCCGUGGACGGCGGCGGAGGAUGCGAUCUUGAUGGAGUACGUGAGGAAGCACGGUGAAGGGAACUGGAACUCGGUCCAGAGGAAUUCUGGGCUGUUGAGAUGUGGAAAAAGUUGCAGGCUGAGGUGGGCUAACCAUUUGAGGCCUAAUCUGAAGAAGGGUUCAUUUUCUCCUGAGGAGGAAAGGCUCAUCAUUCAGCUCCAUGCUAAGCUUGGUAACAAAUGGGCUCGCAUGGCCUCCCAGCUUCCUGGUAGAACAGACAAUGAGAUAAAGAACUAUUGGAACACCAGAGUAAAAAGACUCCAACGCGCCGGAUUACCAGUUUACCCCGACGACAUCCCCAUACAAUUUGAUCAACCCCAACCAACAUACCCCAACUCUUCAUCAAAUUACAAAUUUAACCCCUCCCUCGCCCUCUUCGAUCGAUUCCCCCAAUCAAAAUUGGCAAACCCUUUCCAACCCCGAUCAAGUUCUUCAUUUCUCUCCGAUCCCAACGAUCAAUACAAUUUUUUCCAUGAGAAUUUCCCAUCGAAAUCCCAUGUUUCGCGGUUUUCUACGUCACCCUCAACAAUUUAUAUUGACACCUUUCAAUAUAGCCCACUUGGUUUAGUCCCCACCGCGAAAACCGGGCUCCCUUCAAUCCAACCACCGGCACUUGGGGCGGUUACACCGGAUUCUUCGGGGUCCACUGGCGGCGACGGUGGUGUUGGUGAUUCUUACAUGAAUGGACCACCAUUUGAAGUUGAUGAAUAUUGUGAUAUUGCACCUGAAAUGGGAAAUAGUGGCUUGCUUGAUGCUCUACUAGAGGAGUCUAAAGCUUUGGUGGAAGCAGAAAAAAUGAAGGUGGAAAUAUCAAUGAAUAGUGGGAAAUGCAAGGGUAUAAGUGAAUCUGAUUCAAGUUCUGCUCAUUCAUCCGUUGGGAUGAAGGCAAAGGACCCGUUGGAAGAUAUGAAUCCCAUGGAUGAUGAUUUGUCUAGCCUGCUCAACAACUUCCCCUUAACUGUGCCUGUCCCGGAUUGGUAUCACGAAGCAGCAAAUGCCAAGAGUUCAAAUGGGGAAUCGUCAAAAACCAACGACGUCGCAGAUUCAGGAUUCGAUACGCCGCCAACGGACGAUUUUCCGUCUCCUUUUGUGACCACCUUGGAAACAUCAAACCCUAAGUGGAGUACUCUAGGGCCGUCUUGUUGGAACAACAUGCCCGACAUAUGUUGAGAACCUCGGUCUAAUAGAAAGUGUAUUGGCAAAAAACACCUGUGACACAAAAAGCGCACUCCGUGACUCUCAAUUCGUGUAGUUUCGUAUAGCGUCUGCGACAAAUCAAAUGAAUUUGAAGCACGUUGUGCACUUUUACGUACGUGUGCUCACGAUUCUAUAGUUAUAGUUAUGGUCAUAUAGCUAGGUUCCAGUUAAUCAUAUUAGGUUUUCGUAGUUCUCUUAAGUUGUACUAUGAUCUGCUCGUCUAAGGGAUAUGCCAAACUUGUGUUUUAGAUGAUGGAACUCUUUGCAGUUGCCGCAAUUGUUUGGGUUCAAUAUUAAUGUUUU